CUCCCGUCCGACGCACUUUUCUUCAACCUUCCCUUCACCUCUGCUGAUCUUCUUCGUCAUCAUUACGUCUGCAAGAUCCAGUCUGUGUUUAGCUAAUCGAAGGAUCGAAGAUGUCUGUGCGGGUUCUGAACCCUAAUGCCGAAGUGCUGAACAAAUCGGCUGCACUUCACAUGAAUAUCAAUGCUGCCAAGGGUUUACAAGAUGUCCUCAAGAGUAAUCUCGGGCCUAAAGGCACCAUCAAGAUGCUUGUUGGCGGAGCUGGAGAUAUCAAGUUAACCAAGGAUGGCAACACUUUGUUGAGAGAGAUGCAAAUUCAAAAUCCAACUGCCAUCAUGAUUGCAAGGACAGCUGUUGCACAAGAUGAUAUUAGUGGUGAUGGGACAACUUCUACGGUUAUCUUUAUUGGCGAGCUAAUGAAACAGGCUGAACGUUGUAUUGAUGAAGGGAUGCAUCCACGCGUCGUCGUUGAUGGUUUUGAAAUUGCCAAGAGGGCCACACUGGAAUUUCUUGAAAUUUUUAAGACUCCUGUAUUGAUACAGAUGGGUGAGGAUGCUGAUAAAGAGAUGCUAAAAAUGGUAGCAAGAACGACGUUAAGAACAAAGUUGUAUGAAUCUUUGGCGGAUCAAUUAACUGACAUAGUUGUCAAUGCAGUGCUCUGCAUUCGCAAGCCUGAAGAAGCUAUUGAUCUUUUUAUGGUCGAGAUUAUGCACAUGCGCCACAAGUUUGAUGUAGACACUCGUUUGGUGGAGGGUCUUGUCCUUGAUCAUGGAUCCAGGCAUCCUGAUAUGAAGAGGCGAGCAGAGAAUUGUCACAUAUUGACCUGUAAUGUAUCAUUGGAGUAUGAGAAAAGUGAAAUAAAUGCUGGAUUUUUCUACUCAAACGCGGAACAGAGAGAAGCAAUGGUUGCCGCAGAGAGACGUUCUGUGGACGAGAGAGUGAGAAAAAUCAUCGAUCUGAAAAACAAGGUGUGUGCUGGUACUGACGACAACUUUGUUGUUAUUAAUCAGAAAGGGAUAGAUCCUCCAUCAUUGGAUCUUCUUGCUAGGGCCGGGAUAGUUGCUCUUCGAAGAGCCAAAAGGAGAAACAUGGAACGCUUGGUUUUGGCAUGUGGUGGAGAAGCUGUGAACUCUGUGGAUGAUCUAACCCCUGAUUGCCUUGGAUGGGCUGGACUGGUCUAUGAGCAUGUUCUUGGGGAAGAGAAGUACACAUUUGUUGAGAAUGUAAAGCAUCCGAACUCGUGUACAAUUUUAAUUAAAGGACCGAAUGACCACACUAUAGCACAAAUUAAGGAUGCUGUUAGAGAUGGCCUGCGAUCAGUCAAAAAUACCAUUGAAGACGAAGCAGUUGUACGAGGUGCUGGCGCUUUUGAGGUCGCAGCCCGACAACACUUGGUCAACAAAGUGAAAAAAACUGUUAAAGGGCGUGCUCAACUUGGUAUACAAGCUUUUGCCGAUGCUCUUCUUAUUGUGCCAAAGACGCUUGCUGAAAACUCAGGGCUUGACACUCAGGAUGUGAUAAUUUCUUUGACUGGAGAGCACGACAGCGGAAAUGCUGUCGGACUAAAUCAACACACGGGAGAUCCAAUUGACCCUCUGAUGGAGGGCAUUUUUGACAACUAUGCUGUGAAGCGUCAAAUCAUUAACUCAGGUCCGGUAAUUGCAUCACAGCUGCUACUUGUGGAUGAAGUGAUUCGUGCAGGCCGUAACAUGCGAAAACCAAGCUAAAUGUUCAUUUACGUGUUAUAGUUGCUGGUGCAGGUGGUGGUGAGGUUUGUUUCUUGUUGAUGGGUGAUUCAAGGCCUCAUACCCUUGAAUGAUCCCAAAAAGAUUUUGUUUACAGAUUUUUUGACCAGUCGUAGGCCGUGUUACAUUUUUUAGCCGUCUAACUCUAGACGGCUAAGCGAUUUGCUCCUCGUACUAUUUUGUGAUGUUACAUUUAAAGUUCAAGCUUUUGCUGC